AAAAAGGAAUAGUAUUUGAAGAAGCUAUCGAGGAAAGAUUAUGUGCUUACGCAUGUGCUGUUGCCCACUUCCCAACAGCUGUUAAGGAGAUUAGGAAAUUGUUGAAAUGAAGGCUGCAAAUAAUACGAGGGAAAAGAAAUUAACUUUCGGGUCCUUAUAACCGGUAUUUUUUUACGGGGUUUGAGUAGGCUUUUAGGCUUAAAAGCUGAAAAGGCAAAUCCCACCCCUCAUUCUUGGAUUGGAGGCUCAUUAGUUGUUUGAGUUAGGUUUUUGACUGAUCUCUUUGAAAUGAUUUAACAACCUGUACCAUAACAAGGAUCAAUUCAAACAAUCAAAAGUAUUCAUAUGGCUCAAAUGUAGACAAUAAGAGCAAUUUUGCUGAAUUAAUUGAUGAAAACACAGAGGGCACUAUUGUAUUGCAGCGCAUGCAUGCUACAAUCAAUCUUUUCGAUCCGAAUGUUCGUGCCUUGGGAGCUAUGAGGGCGACCUUCACCUUGAACUUCGAUGCGCGGGGGUAUUUCAAUUACGAGAUCAAUAAACUUUAUAUAGCCAUUAGAGGUAAGUCUCUGACUUCUUCUUCUUCUUUAUUGUUGUCGUUGUUCUGGUAAGGGGUACGGGCACCCUGUAAACCUCCUUGAAAGCUUUGGGCUCAUGGUUAAUACCAUAGUCAUCAUAUCCCAUCUGGCUCAUAACUCAGCCUAGCCCAGGUCAAGAAUUGGGCGGUUCGAAUAGAUAGCGAGAUCAGUACACUCUCUAUAGCCAUGAUAGGCAAGCCUCUGAUUUCAUCUUCUUCUUCUUGUUUUCUCGUUACCAAAAUCGGUGAAUAGGGGUACUGGUACCCUGAAACCUCCUAGGAAGCAUAGGGCCCAUAGUUGACACAGUAGACUGCGUCCCCUUGUGUUAAGCCCAAGGACGCUCCAUAGGCCAACAGAGAAGCAACCAUUCCUGGAACCCUAAUUAUUUUUCCAGCAACGAUAGCUUGGCCUCCUAGACAUACAGUAUAAUACAAGUGCUAGACUUUUCAAGUGGUUGAUUACUGUCCUUGCACCCUCUAUUUUCUAAUGACAAGUGUUUUAUUUGGAAUAUUGGUGGAUCUCAAAGCUGCUAGAAAGUCUUUUAAUUGGAUGAUAUUGUCUAGAUGGUCUUAAUUUCAAUUAACAAGAAAAAUCCUUCAACGUGUAGGAAUUCGAUUUCCAAAAGAUAACCAUCUUCUUGAAGUUUUAAAUUUCUAUGAUUCUGGAAUUUAUCUUGUUUCGACUUCGAAAACAAUUGCAAUCUUUCUUCUCUUAUCCUUUGCAGCAGCCAAACAAGGAAAAAAAAAAAAAACAACGGUCAACAAAAGAAACUUGAAAGAGUUUUACUGUAACUCAGCUGAUGGAAGUGUCUUUUUUCCCCUAAAAAUUUCAAGCUCGAGUCUCUCAUUUGUAAACAAAAUAAAAAUAAUAAUCAAAACCAUAUGAAAAUUGACUAGUAGCUGUACAAUUGACUAGGUAACAGCAUACGGAACACGAAUGCUAUAUUCAUUACUUGAAAAAUUAAAUUUGAACCGAUCUCUGGAGACCAAGGAACUGGACGACUUUUCAACUAUAUGCUACUGAAAAUCAACAUUCCACCGGUGUUUAUUUUUUUAAUUAUACGAGCUGGUUUGACCCCGUGAAUCACCAAGAAGGUACAGAGAAACAUCUCUAUUCUUGCUUCACAGGUAUAUAUGAACUUAUUUAGGAGCGAUUUGGAAUCAAAACUUCCAAAAAGAAAAGAAAAAAAAAGCGAGGGAAAUGGUUUGGAAAUUGGUGUUUCAAUUGAUGUUGAUGAUGCUAAUGAUUCAAAUAGCAGCAGCAGCAGCAGCACCGAUCGCAAGGUCCGGUUGUCCAGAUCGUUGUGGAGACAUCAGCAUUCCAUACCCCUUCGGAAUAGGAAAAGAUUGCUACAUGAACGAAUGGUUCGCCAUAGAAUGCAAUGCAACUGUCAACCCUGCUAGAGCUUUUAUAAGUGGAAUCAACAUGGAGGUGCUGAAUAUUUCAGCUGAAAGAGCCACUGUUACUGUCAAAAGUCCAAUAAUAUCCUCGAAUUGUACUGGCGGGGAAGAUGGUGUACCUCUGAAUUUCACUGGAACUCCUUUUGUCUUCUCCGGAAACGAUAAUGUAUUCAUCGCAGUAGGUUGUAAUACUCAAGCUUUAAUGACCGGAAUCACGCCAAGUCUCAUCGGUUGUGUGUCUACGUGCAGUGACGUAAAGAGUAAAAAUUUCUGCCAGGCUUCACCCCCAUCAUUCCUUCAGGUUUUCAAUCCAAAAUUAGAAGCUACAGAUGAUAAUCAAGAUAGAGAAGGAUGCAAGCUGGCCUUCCUGGUGAACCAGACAUGGUUCGAAUUGAAUGUCAGCGAUCCAUUCUCGUUGCAAUAUAGAGAUUAUGUUCCAGCAGAGCUUAGUUGGACAAUGAAUGUGAAUACUGAUGAUCCCGUGCAUUGCAGAGGAUAUUACAAUGAGUCUUUUCGAUCCGAAUGUGUGUGUGGUUGGGGCUAUGAGGGCAUCCCUUACCUUGGAUGCAUAGAUGUGGAUGAAUGUAAAGAAUCAAAGCAUUCGUGCCGAGGGCUACUUAAAUGUGUAAAUACACGGGGGUAUUUCAAUUGCGAGAUCAAUAAACUUUAUAUAGCCUUGAUAGUUAUAGGCGCAGUUGUCUUGGCAUUGUUAUCGCUGAUGGGCAUUUGGUGGUUGUAUAAACUUGUAAAGAAAUGGCAAAAGAUUGAACUCAAAAAGAAAUUCUUCAAACGAAAUGGUGGGCUAUUGUUACAGCAGGAAUUACGUGCUGCUGAAGGUUGGGUUCAAAAAACAAAAAUAUACAGUUCAAAGGAGUUGGAAUUAGCCACUGAUCGUUUUAAUGUGAAUAGAAUACUCGGUCAAGGUGGUCAAGGCACAGUUUAUAAAGGGAUGUUAGCAGAUGGAAGGAUUGUUGCUGUUAAGAAGUCCGUGGUCGUUGAUGAAGGAAAGCUUGAAGAAUUUAUCAAUGAGGUCGUCGUUCUUUCUCAAAUUAACCAUAGGAAUGUGGUUAAGUUGCUCGGUUGUUGCUUGGAGACUGAAGUUCCGUUGCUAGUCUAUGAGUUCAUUCCCAAUGGAAAUCUUUACAAGUAUAUCCAUGAUCAAAACGAAGAUUUCUUGUUAUCUUGGGAAAUGCGAUUACGGAUUGCCAUUGAAGUUGCUGGAGCACUUUCCUAUCUACACUCGGCGACAUCCAUUCCGAUUUAUCACCGUGAUAUCAAGUCUACAAACAUACUCCUAGAUGAGAAAUACAGAGCAAAAGUAUCUGAUUUUGGAUCUUCAAGAUCUAUAUCCAUCGAUCAAACUCACUUGACCACUCUUGUGCAAGGUACUUUUGGCUACUUGGAUCCCGAGUACUUCCAGUCCAGUCAAUUUACAGAAAAGAGUGAUGUUUAUAGCUUUGGAGUGGUUCUGGUUGAGCUCAUAAGUGGACAAAAACCGAUAUUUUCCGUAAGUCAGACAGAGACUAGAAGUUUAGCCACGCAUUUUAUUAUGUUGAUGGAAGACAAUAGACUGUCUGAUGUUCUUGAUGCUAGAGUUAAGGAGGGCUGUCAGAAUGAAGAAGUUAUCUCGGUUGCUAAUCUUGCGAAAAGAUGCUUGAAUUUGAAUGGGAAAAAUCGACCUACAAUGCGAGAAGUCACAUCAGAGUUGGAGAGGAUAAUUGGAUUGUCUCCAAAAAAGCUAAAUAUUCAAGAGAACUUUAAAAUAUCAGAAAACACCAUGGAUGAUGCAAGCAAUGAUUGGGAUGCAGUUUCGACAUCAAUCACCGGUGAUUUUGCUACUGGCAGGACUACAUCAUCCGAUGGUGAACCGUUGAUAAACAUCACAACAUGCUGAUU